AUGUCGGACCGUGCUGUGGAGUACAAAAACACACUGCCUUUCCAGGCCUCUGAAGGAAAGCUCGAAGUUCGCCAUGCAUCAGCCGUACCUUCAGCAUCUGUAUUCCAAGGGCUGGAUGCCUCGGAUCAAGACGACGCUUUGGCUUCACAGCAUGCUCAGCACGUGCAGCCUCUGUCACCAUUGACGCUAGGCGAGCUUGGUCUUCAGCCUCCCGAAACUCCAAGUGCUUUGAUCGAUAUCACACCAAGCAAGACUGCCAUUGUUCACAGCAGCACAUCUCGCAACGACCGGUCUGCGACUAGUCGCACUCAUCUGAAAGUAUACAGUACCGCUCCACUAGCAGGACCCGGCGGGCCAGAUGCAGACUCCAGCUUCAACGGAAGGGCGCAAACAGGAAAUGCAUCUCACUUCACCAGUGGUAUGGCUUCGACAGAUGCAUCCGCCAACGCGUCUUCCGAGAGCAUCGAAGAUCCCCUCCUCGCCAAAUUCCUCCAGAGUCUCAUCGAUGACGGUUCGACAUUGACCGAACCCACCUCAACAACGGAAAGCUAUAACAAUGCCGAGUCUUCACCGCCGUCGCUCCUUCCCACCUCUACUGCUACAAGACCAGCUUUAACCUUGGAUCGCUUCCCUUCCAUGCAGCUUACUCCUCCCAUGCGAAGGGCCGUUUUACAACGGACAGCCCUUGCCAACACUGGUUCAGCGCCGAAUGGCUAUGGUCUGCUACCCGUACAGAACGCAAGAUACAUGGCUCCCUUCUUGUCGGCCGGAGUUGCUGCUGAGCAUGUCCCAAGCGCUACUACCUGUGGCGAUGCGACGUCACAAUCUUCGUCGUACCCUCUGGCGUCCUCCGGCCACCUCUCGACCAUGUCAGAAUAUCAUCUCAGCCUCAAGCAAUCGGAACGAUGCCACGCUUCACCCAAGAAGGGAAAGCGCAUAGUCUGCUCGGGACUUGAAGACACCAUUCGCGAUCCUUCCGGAAAGGAGCAACAGCCAGGCCUCGCUUCGAAACCACCUUGGUCACUCGAUCUUGCAAGUCUCUCGCAGCUGGCCUUACCCCAGGCACCACCUCUACAGCCUCUCCACCGAUACCCAUCGCAGAUCCUCGAGAGUGAUGGACGCUACGAUUCGGAUCGCGACAUGGAUCGCGACUCGGAAGCUGGAUUUCAGCUCGGCACCAGUCCAUCUCGUGUCGACGGUUCGAGCGCUUCUUCAAAGGCGGCUAAUGUGGACAUUCCAGAUACAGAGCCCUUCUCGAGUGACGCUGCUAUCGGACCAGGCGAUUCCGGUUCUCGUUCGUCGGUGACACGCGCGCUUUCCUUGCAGAAGAACGCCGAUGGCAGUCGCACGACGGAAAGCGCACCGGCGUCCGCCAAUACAGGCAACCGUGCGGGCCGAUUGCACUCAGUCCCUGACCCGAUGAGGGUAACAAGUGGGUCAAUCUCUUCGCGAGCUGCGUGCGAAGCCUCUAGCGGAAAAGCUGGCCUAUCUGCUCGGACCAGCAGCACUUCUAAAAGCAAGCCUACCACAACAACCGUACCCGACCCGUCAGGGAAGGCUUCCCAGCAUUCUCCUACUUGUCAAGAUCGUUCCGCCAGCGGUACCAGCUCGAACUUCACACGCAAGGUCCUCUUCGACUUUAUCCGACGAACCAACCUGCAGAAACCCGUCAUCCCGUCCUCGGCUGGUACGAUUCGGUCCUCUUCUGACUCGUUCGCGGGAUCAGCGGACACUUCACCGGUGGAGCCGCUCUCCAAAAAAUCGUCCCGACCCCUAUCUUCUAGCUGGCCGUCUACGGUACCUGCCGAGCUUCAAGCACAUCUUCAGAACUGGCAGCAACAGCGCAAAAGGUCGAAGCCCAGCUCAGCAAGUCAAGAUGAGGCGGCGACGUCAUCCCCCUCCGGCCACACGUGGAGAGCACAGGCAGGCAAGAUCUCGCCACCGAGUCGGAAGGAGAGGAAGGAAGCGCCGUCGAAUGCGCGCAGAGCGAUAAACAGCGAGCAAGAAAAGAAGACUCAGAGGCAGGAGCAGUACCAGCGGCUGCUCCAGCGACUCCAGGCCCAAAUGCGCUCGAGCAUGCAGCGGGAGAGGGAUAAGAAGAAGCAGAACAUCCAAGAGAUGGGUAUGGGAGGAGGCGAGGAGAAGAGAGAAUUACGCGACGUCCAAGAGCGGGACUGGAAGCAGGAUCCGUCUGCAAAGAUGGAUCCUCACGGUCGUCCAGAUAUGGCAGGUCAGCACCAGCAUGGAGCAGACGGCAGCAAUACCAAGCCGACAUCGUCAAAAAGGAGCUGGGACGACGCCGGCCUGUCGUCGCGGUCGAAUCAGAAGAACAAUCGCCAGAGCGAGGAUACGAAGGAUGAAGCUCCCACUCCGGCGGAUCAGCUUCAAGAGGUCGUUUUGAACCAAGUCGCUGGGCCAGCCGGUCAUUCCACCCUGGUCAUCGGUCCGUCGGACAUCCCUACCCAAGCUCGAAAGAUUCCACAAGCAGCAGAAUGGGCUGAUCCAGAACGAAAACUGUCGCCAAAGAAGCCAGCCGUAACGUCUCGAGCGAUCGAGUCCCCGUUUCUGCUGCCGAGCUCUUCGUAUACUCAAUAUCAGCAGUCGACGCCACAUCCGACAUGGGGGCAGCAAUCAUCCCUUCCCUUAGGCAGCUUCGAGUGGAGCCAUGCGUGGAUUUCCUCUCCUUUUGGCGCAGCUGCAUAUCCAGGCACGCCGCCCAUGUUGGGUCCGCCGGGAUUUAUGAAUAGUGCGCUCACAGGGUCACUGGGAUACUCGCCCAGCCUCGAGCUCAUGCAGAGCCUGGCGUUGAAGCAUCCCAACUGGCGUCAAGACUUCCCAGCCUCCUUGGCACCGGCUGUCGUCGCGCGCGAAUCGUUUCCGACGAUGCCCGCGCUCAGCAAGGGGGCUCUAGAGACGGGUCUGUCGUCGGUCUUUGCAUCGUGCAUUGAUCCUUGCGCUAAAAGCUGCCUGACAGCGACAGAAACGACCGUGCCGUCUCCUGCAGGCGCCAAGCGGCCGUUCUCACCGGGAGACCGUGUGGUCUUCUGGGCGGUCAAAGGGACAGCAUCGGUCAAGCUCAAGGGUGUGGUCGAAAGUAUGACCGCUGAUUCGGCAGAUAUCACAGUAGAGACGGACGGUGACGAGUCUCUGAGAGAGCAAAACGGUCACGGAGGCGGAUUGGGCACACAAGCGGUCAGCCACCAGGAAGAACCGAUCACCACAUGCCAUGUCUAUCGCAACAUAUCGUGGGCCAACAUUGUGCCGCGGCAACAAGCGAUCGCACUACGGUUUCUGCGCGCCGACGAGUAG